UCAGCUUUUCCUGUCAAUUAUGCAAGCAGAAUUAUGCAAAAGCAGUGUUUUCUUCUACAAUCCGACUUAAUGGGAGUACGGUUGGCUGGAUCCCAUGUUGAUACACAGCCUAAGACUAAUCCUUUGGUGUCUGUUUCAGAUGAGCCAGAAACACUGUACAAGAGAUUGUCCCUUUUAGUUAAAGGCCACGAUAAAGCUGUGUUGGAGAGCUAUGAAUAUUUUGCAGUGCUUGCAGCUAAAGAACUUGGCAUCUCUGUUGAAAAAGUACAUAAACCUCCAAAGAAGAUAGAACGAUUGACACUUUUAAAGUCUGUACACAUUUACAAGAAGCACAGAGUUCAGUAUGAAAUGAGAACUCAUUACAUGUGUUUGGAGUUAAAAUACCUAACAAGCAGUACUGCUGCAGUUUACUUGGAGUAUGUUCAACGAAACUUACCUGAAGGGGUUGCCAUGGAAGUAAAAAAGACUAAGAUAGAGAAAAUACCUGAACACAUUCGGGAACCAGUUUGGGAUACACUACCUCAAGUAGAAGAAACUGAAGUCAAGUCAUGAACUCACCAGGUACUUGGCUCCAUUAGUGCGGAAAUUAGUUGCGCCUAUCUGCCUAAUUUACUGAGACAGUCUAUUGUUCAAUAAAAGUUCUCUUAUAAA